AUGCCUUCUGAUCAUUCAAUUCAUAAUGAUGAUGAAAUUAAAUUAGCUAGAUACAUUAAGGAUAGUUUAAAAAUUUCUGAAAACCUUUCUAAAAAUUUAAAACAAUGUAUUAAAAUGAAUAAUAUUCAAAAAAAUACUACUAAAAUAAGAAAAUCAGAUUCUCCUAUGGCAUAUAAAAAGUGUCUUUCAGAAAAUAAAUCUAAUAUAUCAAUGAAAAGCAGACGUUCAAUAAGUGAUAAAAGAAGACUCUCUAGAAGUUCUAAAAAUAAAAGAAGCGGAUCAAAAGUGUUAAUUUCAAGAAGUAGAGAAAAUAGAAAGGCUCAAAUUAGAAGAGGAUUGCCAACAGCUUUUCAUGGAGAUUUAAACAUUGGAACAACAUAUGUUGAUGGAAAACCACAUAUAAAUAUGAGAUGCAACCCAAAAAACAUUUUUAAUUCUUUCAAUAAUUGUCUUUCUGAUGGUAGUUUUGGAAAUAAAAAUAAUAUUAAACUAGGAAAUUGUUUAAGUAAAAUGAGUUCAUCAAACACCAGUCAAUCAGAAAAAUCCUCUAUAGUAAAAAAUAUAAAUGAUAAAAAAAAUAAUUUGAGGGAAAGAACUAGUAGCCAGAUGAGUUCUAAAAAAGUAGAAAGAAACAUAUUAAAAAAAACUCCACACGUUUUUGAUCCACUUAACUCUGAGGAUACAUAUCCAAAUAUUGUAAGAUCUCCAAUAACUACAAACUCUGUUACUUCUGUAAUUCCAUAUUGUAGAAAAAAAACACAAAACGAAGAGUUGACAAAAGAUGAAGAUAGUUACAAAGAAAUUCCAGGAACACAUGUAGGAUACUUAAUAAAAACCUUCAAAAAAAACAAUAAAACUAAAAUGGAUGAAUCAAUAAUUGAUAUAAUUUUUGAUUUAUCAAUUAAUAUUGAUAAAAAUAAAAAAGUUAUACCUUUAAAUAUUAUAGCUAAUUUUGUCACUGAUAAAAAUCCAGUUGUAGCAACAAAUGGAAUUAUUUUUGAAAAAGAAUAA